CUUUUAAUAACUACUUACAAAGAAAUCGUUCAUUGACCCUGACGAAAACAUGGCAAUGUUGGCAGAACCACGACGAAAACAGAAAAUUUCUCUUGAUCCUAGAGGAGCCAGCUGGAGUAAUGAUGAUAGUAAGUUCGGCCAAAAGCUCAUGGAAAAGAUGGGAUGGAAGAAAGGCAGAGGUCUAGGAGCAAAAGAAGAUGGAAAAGUGGAACAUAUAACUGCCAGUAUGAAGUUUGACAGCAAAGGUGUUGGCUGCAGCAAGAGCCAUGCUGACAACUGGAUCGCCCACCAGGAUGAUUUCAACAGUCUCCUUGCAAAUUUGAACCAGGAUCACGGAGAGGGUAGCAAGCAACCAGACAAGGUGACCAGCUUAGAGAAUAAUUCAAAGACAUCAAAGGGCAGGCUUCACUAUCAGAAGUUUACCAAAGGAAAAGAUUUGUCAUCAAAGUCAGAGACAGACCUUGACUGUGUCUUCGGCAAGAGGAAAUCCCAGUCUGGCACAAACACGCCACAGCCGGAGUCUGAGUCAAACUCGGACAAUGAGGAAAGAAGACAUGGUAUCCCAACAGUUACCAGCACUGACAAUAUCCAGGACUACUUCAAGAAGAAAAUGGCUGACAGGAUGAAUAAGAUGAAAACAGACACAUUUGAUGAUUCCGCUAACAAUGCAGAGGAUGAAAUAAAUGAAAGGCCGGCGUUUGGUCUUGGAUUUGAUUCUGCUGACAGUAAAGAAGAUGACACUGAAAGACCAGCAUUUGGUCUUGGGUGUGAUAGUGUUGUUGAUGAAGAAACUGUGGUUAAUAAAGGUGGCAAAAAAGAAAAGAAGAAGGGAAAGAAGAGGAAAAUUGAAGAAACUGAUGAGGCUGUUAAUAUCGAAAAAGUUGAAGGUGAUGUGAUUGUAACUGAUGAAGUAGUUAAGUGUGAUGAUGGUGAAGGUUUAGAGACUGUUUCGAAAAGGAAAUUGAAGAAAAUGAGAAGGAAAGCUGAAAGAGAUGCAAAGGCUAGUGAAGAACUUGCCAAUGAAGUGGUAAGGAAAAAGUCUAAAAUAACUAAAUGUAAUGACAGUCAGGAGGAAAAUGCUGUGGUUAAUGCUUCAACUGAGAUAGAUGAUGACACGCAGGCAGUGAAUCAAGGAAUGUCUGCGACUGAAGAUAUAACCAGAGCGAAAAAGAAGAAAUCAAAGAAAAACAAGAAGGAUAAAGUUGAUAACAGCCCUGAGAGCGGAGUGGCAUUUACAGUUGGUGGUGAUGAUGCAGAGGAGGCAGAGAUGGUGACAGAACCACGGAAGAAAAAGGAAGAAGUCAAUAUACAGAUUAAAGAAGCUAGAACUGUGAUUGAAGAAAAUAUGGAAGAAAAGGUUAGCCAUGUUGGUGAAAUACUUGAAGCAACAAAUAAAACUGAAGAAACCAAAAAUGUAAAAACUCAAAGUAAAAGAACUCAGGGAGAGAAAAUUACCUUUAAGAAUAAGGCAAAGAAAAUGAAAAAGAUGGAUAAAAACCAAACUAAAAAAGGGUCAAAUACCUCUAUGGCAAAAAUGAAACUAAAAGAAAAGAAGGAAAAAAUGAGACUGAAAAAAGUGCAAAGUACCCUAAAGAAUAAGGGAAAACAAAUAGAAAAGGGAGAUAAAAAUAAACUAAAAAUAAAAUCAGAAAAAGGGGCACAUGAGCAUGGUCAUUUUCCGGGAUCCAACCUUGGUUUGAUUGUGGGGUAUUCGGGACAAUUGAUGGAAGAAGUGGAAAAACGCCAGAAAAACCCAAGCUUAUGGGACAAAAAGAAAACCAAGGGCACAAAAAAUCUAAAGUCUAAAAAGAGUACCGGUAUGAAAAAUCUAAAGUCUAAGAAAAGUACCGGUAUGAAAAAUCUAAAGUCUAAGAAGAGUACCGGUAUGAAAAAUGUAAAGUCUAAGAAGAGUACCGGUAUAAAAAGUCUAAAGUCUAAGAAGAGUACCGGUAUGAAAAUACUGAAAAGUACCGGGAUAAAAAAUCUGAAGUCUAAGAAAAGUGUGAAAAAUCUGAAGGCUAAGAAAAAUUUGAAAAAUGCGAUGUCUAAACAAAAAGAAUGAAAAAUCAAUGGUCCAAAAGUAUGAAAAGUCUUAAGACUAAGAAUAAAUAAAAAUACUAGGUAAUAGUUGCUGAUUAAGUUGAAUCAAAUGUACUGCUAAAUUUUCCUGGAUGGAUUCUUAUGAUCAGCUAAAAAAGUCUGGGGAAUUUUACAUGUCCUAAUUUGUUACAAGAAUUUUUCAUCAUAUUACUAUAGAGCGUUUGAAAUUCGUGACAGUUUAAUUUUUGCAAUAAUUUCUGAAUUGAUAAUGUCGCGAACUUAAAACCUAGAAGUAUAUGUAAUUUACUUUUACUUUCAGUGGUUUAGAUAAUAGGAAUUAUAAAUCUCCUAAAAUUGGCCAAAAUGAAAAAUUGCAAAAAAAAUGUAAUGCAAAAUUAAAAAAGAUUUUCAAUAUAAAGAUAUAGCUCAUUUUAAGACAAUUUCUAAAAAGAAAACCACUGGGAUCUGUUAAAAUUAUAUAUUUGUGAUGUUGUCUGCUAAAAUGAGUUCUGCAGAGAAAAAGUGGGAUGUCAGUCAUUGAAAUUAGACUUGGAUGAACAAGCCCGAAUUCUCAUACUAUUGCUUGGCAUCAAAUAUUUUAUAAAGCCCUGCUAAAUAAAAUUCAGAAUUUUACCAAGCCAGAAAACAUUUUACCAGUGCAGGGCUUGCAGGCUUAUAUUAAUUUUGACCACUGGGAUGUUCAUUUUUGCAAAAUAUUGUGCCUAGCAAGCAUGCCUUCAAUACAAAUUUUUAGCUGGCCAGAAGAGGUUAUGUCAUGGUGUUGUUAUGUUGUCCGUGCGUCCACAUUUAAACACAAUUUAGGUCAUGAUGGCGUCAUGGGGGUCAAGCCAUAAUGCAUCUAAUGGGUUGGUAGACCUUAAUAAACUCAAAUAAACAAAACAGUAAAGCAUAGUACUCUUAGGCCUCUUGUUAUUUAUUUUUUUGAAAAUUAUGAUCUCUUAACCAAUUUUACACAUUGUUAAGUUUAAUUUCAUUAUCCCAUUGCUUUUUAAAACUAGUUUUUAAAUUAUUUGAUAAUGCUGUAAACUAUAGGACUCAUUUUUGCAGACAAUUUCACAUUUUUAUUUUUAAUUAUCAGGUUUUAACACACCAUAUUGUUGAUGAAUUUAAGUGUUCAGAUGGUUUGUUGCUGUUUGUAUUGUAUUGGCCAUAUUUAUCUUUGUCUACUAGUAAAAUUGAGUGGGAAAUAAUUGUUAAAUUUUAAGCAAUAUAAUGAAUUUUGAUAUUAUUUGUUUUGAAUGAAAUGUUGUAGUAUAAAAUUAAAUAAGAAUAAAUAUACAUUACUUU